GCAGUUUCACUUACUAUUUUACAUUCACAGUUUCUCAGAGAACCUUUUCUUGAGAGAUACAGAGAAAGCAGAGGAAAACAGAGAGUGAAAAAACAGAACAAGGAAAAUGGCUCACAUUUCCCCCGGAGUUGACGCCGUCGUUAAAGAACUCGGUAGGCUAGACAUUCAAUCUGGCUUUUCUGAAGUUCUUCUUCACGAGUUGAGAUUCCUGAUCAGGUUUCUAUUCUGGCUGUGGGAUUGCAAGAAAGCUAGAAUCAAACCUUAUCUUCGCAAUGCUACUGAUGCUCUUGAAGCUGUUCUGAGAGAAGCUGGUGUUAUUGCUGAACGCAAAGACUUAGGCGAUGUUAAAGAUUGGGAUUCUGUGGCUCCUGCUUUACUAAACAAAUUGGAGCAAUUCGAGCCGGAGAUUAGAAAAAUCGGUUCUCUUUCUUUGGACUCGCUAAGAUCCACGUCUUGCUCAAGCGACGAGAUUCUAGAACUCGUUAAUGAUCUUGUUUGGAAUUUCAAGGAUUUUGCAAAGCUGAAACCUGAUAUUCAUGAUUCCGCGAAAGAAAGAAUCUGGGUUGUUGUCAGAAAACUCAGAGUCCUGAGAAGCCUUGUACAUUUCUCUGCAAAAGGGUUCAAUAACCAUCAGUUGAUGGAAAACUUUCUGAUUUGUGCCAAAGAUUUGAUGCACAAUGCAGCAUUUUUGUCCCUUUUCUUCUUACUGAAAGGGAAGGAUGGGACGAUGGCCCAAGAAUGGGAAACUGUUUUUUCUGAUCAAUUGGAGAAGUGUAUGCCUCGCACUCCAGAAGUCGCAGAGAUGUUUGUAGGGUUCCUUAAAGCUUCAAGACCAAGGAGAUCUGACAAGAUUCCGGUCGGUCAAGACAUUGUCAGCCUUGUUGAUCUUCUUUUACUGAAAGGUUCAGACGUUGAUCCUUUGACGGAUCGAACUGAAAUUCUUAAAGAAGGGUUGAUAUUUGCCAUAUCUUUCCUCAAGGAUCCAGAAGAGGAAGCUGUAACAAAUGCUGGAGAUGGAUUUCGCCGUGGAAUCGAUGUUGCACUCACUAAGGUAUUAUCUCUCCUUUUCUCUUUAUACAUGGACGGAUUAGAAGUGGAUAUCUCUAGUCUCCAAGAAAAGAUUGACCGAGUGAAGGCAGAGAUUAGAAAGCAUAAUAUGCCGCUUUUGAAUUCACCAAACUUCAGAUUUCCAUCGACAAAUGCUACAGGAUUCAUCAGUUUCUUGUUGAAGAAUAUGGAGCAAAUGGUAAAACACAAUCACGAAAAACUUGCUUUCGCAGGGCAUCGAGUUAUGAUUGUCCAUGAGGAGCUUAUUUCCCUUCAACCAUUCCUUGAAACUAUCUUAGAGCUGCAGAAAGAGAGAGGAGAUGUAGAAGCUCUUUGGACUCAAAUUAUCAAUACGAUCUUGCUAGCAGAGUAUGUCAUCAGCUCCUGUUUAGUAACAGAUUACCCUAUUUGGUGUGAUAUGUUAUGGCUUUCAGAUGUAAUGGAGGCUAUCAAGCUCAUUCGAAUCGAGGUGAACAAAUACAGUGAUCAGGUGAUCAACAACACCAAAAUAUCAAGACGUGUCACAAGUUUCAUUCACCUUUCCGUGAGUAAAGCAAAUCCAUCAAACUUUGAUGAUGUUGUGAUCGGUCGCGAAACAGAGUUAAAGGCGAUAAUUGAGAGACUCAACAGAGGGACAAGACAGCUUGACAUUGUCUCCAUUGUAGGUAUGGCUGGCCUCGGUAAGACCACUGUAGCCCGAAAAGUUUACAAUGAUCCAUGUCUCAAAUAUUACUUCAGUGUACGAGCAUGGUGCUGCAUUUCUCAGGUGUAUAACCUUAGGGAGCUGUACUUUGACAUUUUAAGUGAUGUAACUGGUGGUGAUGCUCGCCAAUCUUACUCUGGUAGUACUGAUAAUGACUUGGCUGAAACACUUCGGAAAAGACUGAAGCAACAAAAAUAUCUCAUUGUGUUGGAUGACAUUUGGAGCGUUGAAGCUUGGAAUAGCUUAAAAGAUUCAUUUCCAGAUGACAACAAGGGAAGCCGUAUCAUGUUCACUAGCCGGAUCCAUGAUUUGGUAUCACAAGCAAAGCCGAAUUGCAGUCCCCAUCCGCUUCGCUCACUUUCUGAUGAGGAGAGUUGGGAGUUAUUGCAAGGGAAACUAUCACUGUCCCCCCUUAACAAUGACCUGGCAGAAAUAGGUAAAAAUAUUGCCAAAAACUGUAAAGGGUUACCUUUAGCUGUGGCUUUGGUUGCAGAAGGGCUAAUUCCAAGAGAUGAUGACCAAACGAACCUGUACGAAGUAGCCGAGCAAUACUUGUCUGAUCUGAUUAGUCGAAAUCUAGUAAUACUUGCAGAAAAGAGUUCCAUUGGUGGCAUAAAAGCAUGUCGUGUCCAUGAUCUACUCCAUGAUCUAUGCUCAGCAAAAAUUCAAGAGGAAAAUUUUCUACAAUGUGUGCGCGAUAGCGAUGUUUCUCAUUCUUCAUCGGAAGCCAAGACGUAUGAGAAUUAUCGCUUGUCUGUUCAUGCUAAACUGACCGAGUUCAUUGAUACUAAACCUGUAGGUACCUUCGUCCACUCUCUAGUUUUUUGUGGCAAAGAAAAUACAAGGGAUGAGCUUUCAUAUACUGUUUUCAAAAGUUUUAAGCUUCUUAACGUUCUGGACUUGGAGCUCUUCGAAUCACAUGGCGAUUUUCCUCGCGAAGUAACAUUCAUGGUUCAUUUGAGAUACCUAGCCAUUGCGUGCAAGGCUGAAAAGCUUCCAGAGUCCAUUGUCAACAUGUGGAAUCUAGAAACCUUAAUUCUGCCAGGUAUGGACAUUUUCUUGCCGGAAUUCUUUUGGCGAAUGAAAAACCUGAGGCAGGUAUACAUUAAAAGGCUGUAUAUAAACGGUAUUGCGGAUCAUGAAUUUGGCCAACUUAAGAACUUGGAGGUUUUGUCAGUACCAUAUCUAGGUUCAAGAGAUGAAGUAAAGGAAUUACUGAGAAGGUUGCCAGGACUUCGGAAGCUGAGGUUUAAUCUUGAAAACACUCACUCCUGCAAGUUUCAUGAACUGAGCAGCCUGACCCAUCUUGAAUCAGUUACCGUGUUCCCCAAUUUUCAUGUAAGUCGCAAGAUGGUAAAGUACGAGUUUCGAUCAUUUGAUUUUCCUAGUAGUCUCAGAAAAUUGACCCUGAAUGGGUUGGAAGUAGAAUGGAGUCUUAUAUCAUCUAUAGGGAAGUUGCCUAAUCUGGAGGUUCUCAAACUAAAUUCAAAUUCAUUUAUAGGAAACAGGUGGGAUGUAGAAGAUGGCCAGUUUUUGAACCUUAAGCAGUUGGAACUCAACUGGUUGAAAAUUAGAAAAUGGACUUUCCAAGAUGAACCAUUCCCUAGCCUUGAACGACUUAUAAUGACAUUCUGUUUCGAGCUUCGCGGGAUUCCAGCUAGUUUAGGAUACAUUCCAACCUUGGAGAAGAUAGAGAUGAUCUGCUGUUCCCCAGCCUCCUCAAUAUCAGCCUGUAAAAUUUUCAGGGAACAGCAAGAAAUGGGAAAUGAAGUCCUUCAACUUGUUAUAAAUAAAGAAUAUCAUGAAAUUGAUGAUGAUGAUGAUGAUGUUGACGAUGAUGGUGAUGAAGAAGAAGAAGAUGAUGAUGAUGAAGAUAAAGAUGUUUUGUUUUCUGGACCUCGGCGGGCUUUGUGGAAAUGGGAUUAA